AUGGACACUAAAAUUCAACAACAAGAAAAGAAAGGAUUAUAUGGAGGAGCAAUGGAGAUUGAAAUACCAACUAGAUUCAUAGAUGUAUCACAGUUUAGACAAGUACCCGAUCACCAAGAAGUCUUUGUCGAUGAAACAUCGGAUCAAAGUGUCAUUAUAGAACUAUUAGAAAGACAGAGUCACAUCGAGGACAACAAGAGUGCAUCAUUCCACUUUGACACAAUCUCUGAUGAAUCUGAUAUCCCUGCAGACGGUCGAAUCGUAUUCAAUCAUCGUCCAAUAGAUAGUGCAGAGAUGCCUCACUUUACCAAUGAAACACCAAAGUUUCUAUUAUUUGGUCAACAAAAGGUUGCAAAGUUUAAUGAAACUGGUUCCGAAAAUAUUGUAAAUGUAUAUAUGGCAAUUGUUAGAUUGUCAAAAUCACAAACCGAUGUAUUGAUUACAUUAUAUCAUCCUAUCCUCCUCUGUGAAUCCAGUAGUAGUGCCAAAACAGUUGGAUCAACCAAACCAGAUACCUUGUACAGCCAACCAAUCGUAGAACAAACUUUUAUUAAAAUAUUACAAAGUUUUAAUAUUAAAGAUUAUUCUUUAUUUGUUCAUCAAUAA